GUGUUUCUGUUGGAGUGACUUCACACCGCUUUACAGCUCUGUCCAGUCCACACCGCUCUCUACAGCUCUGUCCAGUCCACACCGCUCUCUACAGCUCUAUCCAGUCCACACCGCUCUCUACAGCUCUGUCCAGUCCACACCGCUCUCUACAACUCUAUCCAGUCCACACCGCUCUCUACAGCUCUAUCCAGUCCACACCGCUCUCUACUGCUGUAUCCAGUCCACACCGCUCUCUACAGCUCUAUCCAGUCCACACCGCUCUCUACAGCUCUAUCCAGUCCACUCCGCUCUCUACAGCUCUGUCCAGUCCACAUCGCUCUCUACAGCUCUAUCCAGUCCACACUGCUCUAACCAGCUCCAGGGGACAGAGACUGGUAUAGUUUCUCCUCUCCACAAAGAUGAACCUCUUCUGCUUCUCUCUGGAGGGUUCUAUGGACAGUCUGUAUGAGGCUGUGCAGGACUCCAGUGAUGCCCAGGUCUACACCAUCCCCAGCCGUUCCUCCAGCCGCUCCUGUAGCCUUGCCGUGCUGCUGGAUGAAAACCCCAAGUGGCGUGGCUCGGGACGAUCCAUUUCCAUGGAGAUCUCCCAAAUGCAGACCAACAACACCAAAAAAAUGAAAAGAAUAACACAUGUAUCCAAAUCAGCAUCAGAAAACAGAACUUUAGAUCAAGCCUCUGCCGUCUGCAAUACUGCUCUCUGGCUGCCAGCCAAAAUCCCCCCAGAAGAAGAUUUAGAUUUAGUCCACAUCAAGAACAAUCAAAAUGAAGAGAUGAUCAAGCCCAUGGUCAGAACUGAGAUCCAGGCUAAAGCCACGAUCAGAACCGAUGUCAAGACCAAAGGGGGAAGAGGAGGACGCAAGUCGAGCAUAAAAAAGAAUGAAAAGUCACCAACCCCACCAAUACCACCAACUCAGGUGGUGAGUUACGAGGGGUGGGCUCAGAACGCAGAUCGGCCCAACAGCAGGCAGAGAGGCCUGAUUGUCCAUGCCAACGGGGAAGUGGCCAAGCCCAGAGUUCCCAUCAAAAAGAGUCAAAAGCCUGGGAGUCAGAAGACUGGGAAGAAAGGGAGUGCAAAAAAUGGAAAAGAAGGGGCCAAGAAAAAUCAGGACACCACAAGGAAUAAGGAACUCAGAAAAUCUACCACAGACAAUGACACUUAUGGUCACCACCCAGCAGGGCCCAUCCCAGUGAUAGCAGGACCCUAUCUGGAUGUGGAUCGGAGGUCAGCUCCUGUUUCUGAGUCUGUACUAACAUCAGCCCAGGAGAAUUCUACCCUAGCCCCGGCGGUCAUGGAGCUGAGAACCGGGCCUGGAGGCCCUGGAGCUCCUCCCAGGAACCAGCGCUGGAGUAACCCAGCCGAGAACACUCCAGAUUGGGGGACCUCCUACCACAUCUGCCACAGGCCCCUCACAGAGUACCCCGUUUAUACCCAUGACUACACCCUGCCCCGGGCCAAGGCCUGGGACAAGCACCAGGGGCUGGCCCAAGAUGGGAGCCUGAAACGGGACCCCUCGCCCAAAGGUGUCCCCCUCUCUGUUACUGAUGUGAAACUAUGCGACCGCAAUGUGAGUUAA